CAGGAGUGGGUCCCGCAACAGGUGAGGCGCUGGGGGACCCCGCGCCCCGCGCCAUGGAGCUGGCGGCCGGCGGGAACCUGAGCGAGGCCAACGGCAGCGGCCCCGAGGGCCCCGCGCCCGAGCCCUGGGCGCUGACGGGCGUCGGCGUGGAGAACCUGGUGACGCUCGCGCUCUUCGGCCUCAUCUUCGCGCUGGGCGUGCUGGGCAACAGCCUGGUCAUCACGGUGCUGGCGCGCAGCGCGCCCGGGAAGCCGCGCAGCGUCACCAACGUCUUCAUCCUCAACCUGAGCGUGGCCGACCUGGCCUACCUGCUCCUCUGCAUCCCCUUCCAGGCCACCGUGUACGUGCUGCCCAGCUGGGUGCUGGGCGCCUUCGCCUGCAAGUUCACGCACUACUUCUUCACCGUGUCCAUGCUGGUCAGCAUCUUCACGCUGGCCGCCAUGUCCGUGGACCGCUACGUGGCCAUCGUGCACGCGCGCCGCUCCUCGUCCUUGCGCGUGUCCCGCAACGCGCUGCUCGGCGUGGGCUGCAUCUGGGCGCUGUCCGUGGCCAUGGCCUCGCCCGUGGCCUACCACCAGCGCCUCAUCCAGAGCUCGGGCAACCACUCCUUCUGCUGGGAGCUCUGGCCCGAGCCCGGCCACAAGAAGGCCUACGUGCUGUGCACCUUCGUAUUCGGGUACCUGCUGCCCCUCCUGCUCAUCUGCUUCUGCUACGCCAAGGUGCUGAAUCAUUUGCACAAGAAGCUGAAGAACAUGUCCAAGAAGUCAGAAGCAUCGAAGAGAAAGACGGCGCAGACGGUCCUGGCCGUGGUGGUGGUUUUCGGGAUCUCCUGGCUGCCCCACCACGUCAUCCACCUCUGGGCAGAGUUCGGGUCCUUCCCGCUGAACACGGCGUCCUUCGUCUUCCGGGUCAUCGCCCACUGCCUGGUGUACAGCAACUCCUCCGUGAACCCCAUCAUCUACGCCUUCCUCUCCGAGAACUUCCGCAAGGCCUACCGGCAGGUGUUCCAGUGCCGCCUGGGCCAGCCGCCGGCCGAUGGGGCCAAGGAGGGCCGCAGCCGCGCGGACACACCCCCGUCCACCAACUGCACGCACGUGUGAGGCCCCGAGGCCCU